AUGAGUGAAUUGACCAAGGAGGAGAUUAGAAUGCAGCAAAACAAGAAGCGCACGUAUUACUGGUUGAAGUUCGGACCUUAUUUAUCAGAGCGUCAAUGGGCAACUGUAAGGGAAGAUUAUUCCAGUAACGGUGAUGCUUGGUCGGAUUUUCCAUUUGACCACUCUAAAUCUAGGACCUACAGAUGGGGUGAGGAUGGCUUAGCUGGUGUAUCGGACACCCAUCAAUUAAUCUGUAUGUCUAUGUCCUUGUGGAAUGACCAAGAUGAUAUAUUGAAAGAAAAAGCUUUUGGAUUAACGAAUUCUCAAGGAAAUCAUGGAGAGGAUGUGAAAGAGAUAUACUAUUAUCUUGAUAAUGUUCCUAGUCAUUCUUACAUGAAGUAUCUCUAUAAGUAUCCACAAAGAGCAUUUCCUUAUAAGCAAUUGGUUGAAGAGAAUGCGAAGAGGUCAAGGACUGAAAGGGAAUUUGAAAUCACUGAUACCGAUGCAUUUAAGGACAACAAAUACUUUGACGUUGUAUUUGAGAUGGCCAAAAGUGACGAUGAUCCAGAGGAAUUGCAUUUCCGUAUCACUGCUUAUAAUAGAGGUAGUGAACCUGCUCCGUUGCAUAUUUUGCCACAUCUUGUUUUCAGGAACACUUGGGCGUGGGGAACAGAGGAAUCGAAGAAAGGAAAGCCACACUUGAAAGCUGAGAAUGAGAAUGCUAUUGAAAUCAAUCAUCCGAAAUUUGGAAAGAGGUAUUUUGUUUUUGCCCCAGCGCCAGGAUUCAAUGAUGAUUCACCAGAUGUUGCUCCUGAGUUUUUAUUUACUGAAAAUGAGACCAACACCAAGCUUUUAUAUAACCAGGAAAAUUCCAGUAAGUAUGUAAAGGAUGCGUUCCACGAAUAUAUUAUUCAGGGCAAAAAAGAAGCUGUUAAUCCUGAAAAUUGUGGUACUAAGACUUGUGCGUGGUUUUCUUUUGACGAGAAUGGAGGUGUACCUCCUGGAGACUACGUGACUAUUCGUUAUAAGUUAGGAAAGUCUCCCGAAUAUUUCGAUGAAUUUGAAUUUGAUCAGUUGUUUUCUAGAAGACAAGAUGAGGCUGAUGCAUUUUAUUGGAGGAUUUCUCCGCUACCUAUUACAGAUGCUUUAAGACAAGUCCAAAGACAAGCAUUUGCUGGGUUGUUGUGGAAUAAGCAAUUUUAUCACUUUGUUCAUGAUUACUGGUACCAGGGAGAUCCGAAUACUGUUAAACCUCCGAGUAAUAGGGCUGGUGGAAGAAAUAAAGAUUGGAAGCAUUUAUACAUCGAAGACAUUCUUUCAAUGCCAGAUAAGUGGGAAUAUCCUUUUUUUGCAACUUGGGAUCUUGCAUUCCAUUGUGUUCCCAUCGCAAUGAUAGACCCUGAGUUUGCAAAGAAGCAAAUUGAUUUGCUCACCAGAGAAUGGUAUAUGCAUCCAAAUGGACAAAUGCCAGCAUAUGAAUGGAAUUUCUCAGAUGUCAAUCCGCCUGUUCAUGCCUGGUCUGCUUAUAGGAUUUUUAAAAUUGAAAGGAAAAUGUAUGGUCAUGAAGAUUUAGACUUCCUCGAAAUUGUUUUCCAAAAACUUUUAUUGAAUUUUACAUGGUGGGUUAACCGUAAGGAUUACGAUGGAAAUAACGUUUUUCAAGGAGGUUUUCUUGGACUUGAUAAUAUUGGUGUGUUCAAUCGUUCAGAGAAUCUACCGACUGGGGGGAAGUUAGAGCAGGCUGAUUCCACUGGAUGGAUGGCCUUCUUUUGUCUUCAAAUGUUAAAUAUUGCCCUUGAGUUGGCUAAAUCAAGGCCCGUGUAUGAGAAUAUAGCAUCCAAGUUUUUUGAACAUUUCAUUCUUAUUUCCGAUGCUAUGACAUACAAAGUUGAAAAUCAAGAAAGUUCGCUUUGGGAUGAUGAGCUUAAUUUUUAUUUUGAUGCAAUAAGCUAUGGUGAUCAUAAUACAUUGUUACCAGUUCGUUCUUUGGUUGGUUUGAUUCCCUUGUAUGCCUCUUUAACUUUAGAGCCUGAACUUUUGGAUAGAUUCCCUUCUUUCAGGAAGAGAUUAGAUUGGUUUAUUGAACACAGGCGCUCUGUUGCUGAAAGAAAUAUAGCAUCAAUGGAAAGACGUGGUGUAGGUGAAAGGUUACUUUUAUCAUUGGUCAAUAAGGAUAGACUCGUUUCAAUCUUAGAAAGGAUGUUCGAUGAGGAUGAAUUUUUGUCCCCUUACGGUAUCAGGUCUUUAUCUAAAUAUCAUAAGAAAAAUCCCUUCGAAAUGGAUGUCAAGGGUGUCAAAUAUAAGGUCGAGUAUUUGCCCGGAGAGUCUGAUUCAGGAAUGUUUGGAGGAAAUUCAAACUGGAGGGGCCCUAUUUGGUUUCCUGUGAACUUCUUAUUGGUUGAAGCAUUGCAAAGGUUUUAUUUAUAUUACGGACCAGAUUUGAAAGUUGAGUGUCCUAAAGGAUCUGGAGAUUAUCUUAACUUGGCACAAUGUGCUCAAGAAAUUGAACACCGUUUGAUCCAUCUAUUUGUUCCGGACGAAGCUGGAAACAGAGCUUGCAACGGUGAUGAUGAAUUGUUGAACCAAGAUCCUCUUUUCAAGGACUAUGUUUCAUUUUUUGAAUACUUUGAUGGUGAUACAGGUAGAGGGUUGGGUGCCGCACAUCAAUGUGGUUGGACUGCAGUUGUUGCGAAGUGGAUCCACGACAAUGGUACUUCUUGUAGGGUUCCAAAGACCCCGAGGACUCCAAUUGCUGGAAAAUCUUCUAAUGUGUUACAUAAUACCCAGAGCUUGGCUAAUAACAAGGAUGAAGAAAUUAAACAGUACUUGCCUAAGGCUGGACCCUUCCCAGGAAGAAUCACAAGAAGAAGAUCAGGAAAGUCUUUAUUGAACUUAACAAUGAACUCUUUGGAUUUGGAUGAUGAAGAAGAUGCGACUCUUUAUAAUAUUGCAAAAGAGAAUCGUCGCAAGGAUGUGAAUGUCACCCAAGAAAUGAAGAACAUAUCACCGACGAUGUCUGGAACAUCUGUAAGCUCGGGAGCUGAAGGGGAGGUUGGAUUAUUAUCCCAAAUCAAAGAUGCUCUUGCUAAAUACAAAAUGAAAAGCAAAUCUGAUCCUUAUGAUGUGUCUGGUGAUGAAUUUGAAGCUAAAUAA